AUGGCAGCUGCUGGUUAUCAUGUGAGAUCAAUCAGUUUACCUGCAAAGCCUCACCCUUUAUCCGCAGCUCUUCAGGACCAGCUCAACUUCCUAAAGGCGUCAGAAUCCUCUCCUUUAGCUACCAGAUUGGGAAGGCUGAAGACUAUCUACGAGCUCCUCGACGAUCUACUACGAGCCCAAACGACUCGACAGGUUCUCUUCUCCGAAAGGCAGAGCCAGGCAGUGGAACUAGCCCUGAAUGGGUCGCUCAGGAUGCUGGAACUAUGCAGCAACAUCAGAGAUUUCCUGUCAAAGAUGAAGGAGAUCGUCCAGGAGCUCGCGUCUGCUCUCCGAAGGAGAAGGAAGCGCUGCUCCACGGUGGUCCUCCCCGCGGGAGAAUCAGCUGUUCGAGAUGCAGCGGAGGGUUAUCUGAAUUCCAGAAAGAGGCUUACAAAACUCGUCAGGAAGUUCAUCAGGUUCAGUUUCCAGGAAAAGAAUGGAGGAACCAAUCCUGACGCUGCUGGAUCUGAUUCCUCGUCUGUUGUUACAAUGCUGAGAGGCGUCGAGGAGAUUAAUCUCGAAGUUUUUCAGGCCAUCCUAUGUUACAUUUCUCAGCAGGGGCGGUUGCAGCCGGUGUCAGGAUGGUCUAUGUGGAUAGUUGUACUGUUGCAGGCCAAACCUUGUGGUCACUCUGAGUGUCAGGAUGAUGGCAAUGAGAUGAAGAAGGUUGAUUCUGAGGUGCUGGCUUUGAGGAGUAGCAAAGAUUUGAACUUUUCGCAGGCUCGGGUGGUUUUGAAAGGGUUGGAGAGAGUGGAAUCCAAUCUGAAGGAGAUUGAGGAAGAGAUGGAAUGCAUUUACAGGCGGCAGGUGAAAGCCAGAGUUUCCCUUCUCAAUUGCCUGUCUCGUUGCUGA